CAUCGCUUCAUACAUGAGAUCGAUGCGACAGGAGGCUCAUCAGGAAGGUUCUGUUGUCCUUCGUCUCAAAGAGAGUCACAGCAUUUCAUAUCGAAGUCCUGAUUGCCAACAAAUGUUCGGGACUGGUUUUUAUUUCGCGUUGCUUCCUCUUUGUCCUGAUUAGAACAGCUGCCUGUAGAUGUUCGUCAAAAGCACACAACCCGACAUUAGCCAUGUCAUUGGAAUCAUGAUCUGAAGAGCCGUGUCAUAGCGCCUCGUGCGGUCGAUGAAAGUCAAGAUACCUGAUGCCGCUCUCAAGUUACGCUGAGAGGGCGUCUGCUCUCGGAGCUGUCCUUGAUGAGCUGGACGACACACCACCCAUCGAGGGACUCUCCGCGGAGCUAGAGAUGCAAGCCAACAGCGAGCUGCUGUUGACUCUGCAGCGUGGAAGGAAACUCGACUCACUCUUAAUCGAUUUGUGGGAUUCGCAUAUCCCUGAACACGAUGAUCUCGCUCUUGAAGUCGGGCGUCUGGCAGAAUCAACUCAUCUUGGUAGAAGAGACUUUGAGUCGCAGGGUACCGUAGGUCAGGGCCAGUAUGGCACUAUAGAAGCCGUAAAGCUGUGCGGCUAUCGAUGUACAUAUGCUCUAAAAACAAUCAGGAAAGACCUGGCCUGGCGGAAUCGUGCUCACCUCGGCUUGUCCAUCGAGCGGCACAUCCAUAUCUUAGCGGGUUUGGAUGUAGGAUGCGCGACGGUGCCCUCGCUUUUCGCUGCGUUCCAGGACAUCGACUGCUACCACCUUGUCCUACCUUACGCGCCUUUUGGGUCCCUGUGGGAUAGGAUGUCCUCGCUGCCACGCAAAUUCGGGACAAGCGCGGUCUCUGCGCCAGAAGCUGAGGAUCGUCUCAGCUGCAUGACUGAAGAAGAAGUCCUGUGGUGGGCCCCACAAAUGGUGUCGGCGAUCUGUUGGGUACACGAGAAGGGCUUUGCCCAUAGAGACGUCAAACCCCAGAACUUCCUGUUGUUCCCUGAUUCGCAGCUGCAAUUGACCGAUUUUGGGUCCGCAGCUCCUCUGGAGCGCUCACUCGCAUCAUAUGAGCGCCUCCGUGUGCCCAUAACCUACUGCUCCCUCGUCGUAGGGACGCCAGAUUACCUGGCACCGGAGAUACUCAUCCUCGCCAAGUUGCUUCUCAAUCACAGCAAAUCCGGAGAAGACAGCGCAACCAAUUAUGUCGAACAGGGGUACGGCUCCUCUAUCGACUGGUGGAGCCUCGGCGCAACCUUGCACGAGAUGCUGAGGGGUUUGCCUCCUUUCUGGCGUCCGAGUGUCCCAGAGACGUAUCAGACGGUCAUAGCGGUCGAAGACGGGUCCUACAAAAUUUCUGAGGUGAAUGGAGUGUCAGAGAGCCUGUCUGACUUUUUAUGCUGCCUGCUCUGUCCCAGUCAUCUGAGACUGGGAGCAGCCGACGAUGCUGAGAUUCGAGAUCAUGCUGUGUUCAAAGAUCUGGACUGGACCAAACUUUUGAAGCGACCGAGGCCUGCUGUUGUAUCGAACCUACCACCGAUCGCGCUGUCUCGAUCUGGCAUCGGAUCUCACACGAGUUCGUUCCUCACCAGUAGCUUCGGCAAAUACCUCGUCACCAAUGACAUCUCCUCGACCAUUGGACCCACGAUAUUCCAGGAUCAUCGGGAUCUGGCCACAACAUACCAUCAUCAUGGAUGGUCUCUCGAGCCUUCUGCAAGAGAAGUUGAGGGUCUGAAAGACGACAUCUCCCAAUCGCUCGCUAUGAGGACUCCCGCCCGAGGAACCGACUUUCGCCAGACCCCGACCACAAUUACCAAAUCUGCCCCUCGACAUAGACCUCUUCUAGCGGCCGAUGCUUGGCAGCAGGUACGGACGUUCGGCAGUCCGGGUCCCGAUCUCGAUAUGGGAGAAACGAACGACAGAUUUGCUUCGCCAUCGUCCUCGAAUCAAGUGAAAUCACUCGAAACUUGGCAUGACUCUCUGCGCAGAAAUAUCGCUGGCCUACACGAGAGAUUACGCGCGCUUCAAGACCUCGCAUCUGCUGGUUGAGCUGUGAUUAGCUCUAAAGUCUUAGCCCCUGAAUGAUCUAAGCGAUGUACACCAAUUCUGGCGGCCAUCUUCACGCUGUUGCAAGCUCGAUUGGGCUCACGGCAGCCCCUGAACUCCCACCCUCCAGGUUGUUGGUCAUGUAGGCCCGCGACAUAGGUAGGAUCAUGAUGACCAUUUGCGGGAACCUGAUGGGAAAAAUGUGUCUAUGUAUUUGGUGUCGGAACUAUGUAGCACGCCAGCCGGUGUCAAAAUGCAAAGGAGCGUGUGCAGAUCUGCGUGGCGAGACUGCCCUGACUGACCGAGGAUGCCUAGAACGCCUCUGUAGAGCAGAGCCGAGGCAAGUCCAGUCGUGACGUAACUUGCUUCU